UGAAAGUUAUUCAGCAUGACGUACGGGUACUGGAGGUAUCUGAACAAUUAUAUGAAGCUAUUCAAUCUUUCAAGCUAUGCAAGGAGAGUUUACACAACUCAGACCAAACUAUAACGUUGCCAUCUAAGUACUUACACCAGACCUGAUCACACCAUCCAAAACAAUGUCUCACUCCACACAUUACCCAGUACAACCUUCAUAUGCCCAAGCACCGCCCACAUCCUACCAGCCCAACUAUACCCAACAAGAUGGCUAUACGCCAAACGUGCACAUGAACGCACAACAGCAAAUGGGUUACGUUGCACGUGAGAAGAGCAGCGAGAAGAAACAUAAGAAGGGGAAGUGGGGCGGAUGCUGCGAUCUGGAGUGUCUCGCUUGCUUGUGCUGCUGUUGCUGUGAUGGGGGCUAGGGAUUUAUUGAAGAAACACGUGGUACAACUCUUGAGAUAGUGGUGGCUAUAAGAUUAUAUGAUUGCGAUUUUUCUGUGAAGAUUAACGGUGAAGCUUGGGGGAGUUGAGACUUGGUCUGACUAUGUAAUUUAAUCUAACUAGACGGUAUAGAACUUUUAUUAAGCAGUCUAUCACUGCAUGAUAGGUCCUAG